GUAUAUUCAGCAAUAUACAUGUAUAUUGAGGCACGUAUAAUAUCUCUGCCCUCUCUGCUAAGCCCCUCUCAAUGAAGAAAAUAAUCAAAAUGGAUUCCUCCGACGAGCCGUCUCCCCGUGAACCGUACGUCACAAGAAAUGCAGCGGUGAAAGACGAGUAGCAACAAAAAAAAAUAAUAAUAAACAUAUUACACGAUCGUGUCUUCGUUAAAUAUAAACGGGGAUCGCUUUCAAACAUUACGUUCAGUAUAAGCCUCCAAUUUUUAUGUUACAUGUGAUUGAUUUUAUUUGAACGAAAUAAAAGAAAGAAAUCGUAUAUUUUCGCGAUAAUAUGAAAGUGCUGCUGAUUUAAUUUUAUCAACGAAUGCGUGAGUGUGUGUUACUCUAAUCGAUGUGAAAUGUUUAAUCAUGGUCAAUGAAAAAACUUUUAUCAUGCCCCGCGUUAUUGCCAUUCUCGUAUCGAGCUUGACCCUUUCAAAGAGACAAAAAGGUGCAGAUUACGACUAUUGAAACUCCCUCGUUAUAUCCUAUACCGAGAUACUUUCUUCGAUAAUAUUUCAAAUUAAGACAGUGAUAAUAAAAAUGAGCGAGUCAGAAAGCAAUGGUACUGACAAUUCCAAUGGCUGGCAAGAAUGUGCCAGUUGGCUCUCACGUUGUGGAGCACUAAGGUCGGAUCAUCGAGCAAAUUGGCCAUCGGCAAAGCCCUUCGAUCUAGCGUACACUCUCAGAGAUGGAGUGUUAUUGUGCAAUCUUCUGAACACCAUAGAACAAGGAUGCAUCGACAUGAAAGAUGUCAAUCAGAAACCUCAAAUGGCCCAAUUCCUGUGUCUAAGAAACAUCAAACUGUUCCUAUCAACUUGCAGCUCAAAUUUUGGGCUUGCUGAAACGGAUCUCUUUGAGCCGUCGUUUCUCUUUGACCUAUCCAAUUUCCACCGGGUACUCUGUACACUCUCAGCACUUUCUAAUUGUUCACAUAUGAGACGCAAAGGCAUACCUGGUUUCUCCGUGGGACGUGACAAAUCGCACGAAGAAGUAUACAAAGAUCUCCAGAGUGCAGGAGUGGGGCGUGAAAACGAGGGCCGACGAAGGAGAUUUAGAAGACGCGAGGGUGAGGAGGCAGGUGGUGGAGGCGUUGACGACGGUGAUCCGGUCGGAGAGGAGGAUGGCUACGGAGCUCUCUGCAGCCAUGCUCAAAGCGAGGAAAUCUACCAUGACUUAUGUAGUCUGCACCUACCACCUCCUCAGUCUGCUAUUCAGGAAGGAGGAAUUUCCGGAGCAGAAAAACGUGACUACGUUGUACAGGAACUGGUGGAAACUGAGAGAAAUUAUUCGGAAGUACUUGGAAGCCUUCUGAGGCAUUUUGCUAGGCCACUCUCAACUCAGCUCCGACCUGAAGAUUGGUCACGAAUAUUUUUCGGUAUUAAAGAAUUAUCUGAGAUACACGCCGGUGUUCACAGUCAAUUGCGAAAAGCUCGAGAUGGGUCGGCUCUCGCUCAGGUUUUUCUCGACUGGCGAGAAAAAUUUCUUAUUUACGGUGACUAUUGUGCCAAUUUAACCAUUGCCCAAAACACACUUCAAGAAAUAUGCAGCCGUAAUGAAUCAAUUAACAUGGAAGUAAUCAGGUGCCAACAAGAAGCCAACAACGGCAAGUUCAAAUUACGCGAUAUUCUAUCUGUGCCAAUGCAAAGAGUGUUGAAAUAUCAUUUGCUGCUCGAUAAAUUGGUCGAGGAAACGCCUCGUAACUGGGUCGAGGAUUUACGAGAAUUGGGAAAAGCUCGUGAGGUCAUGGUCGAUGUGGCUCAAUAUAUAAACGAGGUUAAAAGAGAUUCCGACACUCUCGACAUUAUAAAGGACAUUCAGUCGUCGAUUAUCGAUUGGGACGUUCCCGAGGACGCUCAAUUGAAAGAUUUCGGACGUUUGCUUAGGGACGGUGAACUCAAGGUCAAAGCCCAUGGUGACCAGCGGGUAAAGGCUCGUUACGCUUUCGUUUUCGAGCAAGCGAUAUUAGUUUGCAAAGCAGGCCGAGGAGAUCAGUAUUGUUAUCGUGAAACAUUGAGACUGGACGAUUAUCGCCUAGAAGAUCAUACGGGACGAAGGACUCUCGGUAAAGACUCUCGAUGGUCGUACCAGUGGCUUCUGGUGCACAAGCAGGCGUAUACGGCGUAUACCCUUUACGCGCGUACCGACGAACAGAAACAAAUGUGGAUUAAGGCGCUUCAAGAUGCGAUGGACAACGUUAAUCCAUCGGCGGCUCGGAGCACCAAUCACAAAUUUCGUUUGACGACUUUCGAGAGUCCAUGCAGCUGUCAAAUAUGUGGAAAAUUCCUUAAAGGACGAAUUUUCCAGGGAUACAAUUGCGAGGUCUGCAGGCUUUCGGUUCACAAACAAUGCAUCACUUAUUCCGGCCGUUGCAUGCCCAUACCUCCGCCACCCCCGCCGCCACCACCUUUACCCUGCGAACGUGCGUUAUCCGCUAAACUGUGGUUCGUCGGUGAAAUGGGCCGAGACGCGGUUGCUCACAAACUUGAAGCUCGUGAGGACGGCACGUACAUGCUUCGUAUCAGGCCCGCUGGUCAACCUCGUCUCAAAAACGAAACUAAUUACGCCUUGAGCGUCAAAGCGGACGGCAAAGUGAAACAUAUCAGGAUAUUUAAGCGGGAGGUAGACGGUGGUGAUCUCUACUACCUCAGCGAGUCGAGAUACUUUAAGAGUGUCGUCGAACUAGUCGAGUACUACGAGCGCGCUUCGUUAUCGGAGAAUUUUGAGAAGCUCGAUCAACGUCUGCUCUGGCCAUUCAGACGUGUUCUCGCCAAAGCAAUUUUCGAUUUCCGUGCUGUCGAACGUAAUCAAUUGAAUCUGCGACGGGGUUGUCGAGUCGUAAUACUGAGCAAGGAGGGUGACGCGAAGGGUUGGUGGAAGGGUAAAAUCAAUGAUCAAGUUGGUUUUUUUCCCAAAGAAUAUGUCGAGGAGGAAUAACUAACGGUUCGAUAGUUUACAUUUUCGUCCUAUUACUCGUUAAUGCUGCUAAAAGCGCGCCAAUCAUUGUCAUAUAUAAAAAAAAAGAGCAAAGAAAAGAAAAAACUAUGGCCGUUGUCGCUAUUCACGGUUAACUGACCGUUCAAUUGUUAUUACGAUCCACCGAUGCCUGCGUUUCUCGACACAUCAGAUCUCGACUAGUCUCGGAUUGAAAUUGCACAAAUUCUUCCUCGAAAAACAAAAAGAAAGACCUUGCCUACUCAUCCAGAUAAUCGAUAAUAGCUUCAUCAAGUUGAAGAGGGAGUCUCUUGAGGAUAAAAGAAAGCGAAGAAACAAUCGAAGCUUCAUCAUUGAAAACAAUGCAGCAAACAAUACUUUUAAAUUCAAUCAAUCACGAUUACUACGAAUAAUUGUAGUAAUCAUGGAAUUACAAUGCUCAUCGUCUCGACAAUGAAAUUUCGGGAUCGCUGUCGUUGUUAUUUCAUAAAUCUUGAAAUUCUCACUUUCUUAACCUUUAAAGUACACUCCAAGACUGCAGUAUCCGGAGCACAGUUUGCGUCCAACUGUAAAAACCUCGUUUUUCAAACACUCUUACUUUUCUAGUAUGUCAAUUUAUCGAUAUACAAACUAUUCCGUCUUAUUGACAAGUAUUUGAAAAUGAGUUUUUCAAGUUCUCAAAUUCAUGGCUUUUAGCAUGGCAACUUUUUAAAAACGCUCGGGAUGUUUGAAGUGUGUACUUUAAGGGUUGAACCCCCUCGAGCGCUCAAUUGACUUUUAAAUGUAAUAACGAACCACAAAUACUUGCAUGUCGAGUGCGACUCCACCCGAUGAGCCCGUGUACGUGCACACAAAUAUGCUUCCACGCGCACACACACACACACACACACACACACACACACAUCGUUACGCACUGUUAUAACUAUUAGAGAAAGAGAGAGUAAGAAGAGAUUAUGAAAAGAAAGAUAACAGUCGAUAAACAAAUGAAACUCACGAGAAAUUAUAUUUUUGACUCGUGAGAAAUAUUCUCCGAUCGUGCCAAUAAGUUUUAUUAAUAAAAAACAAAAUAUUACAUGUA